GGUCCCUUCCACAAACGUUGCUAAAAGCCUAAACUAUUAUCCGAUUUAUAUCAAUCCCAGCUUGUCAAUUGUCAUUGUUCCUUCCUUGUACACAAAUUGAACAAAAAUGCCGUUUGCCGGAGACCGGAAGCACCGCCGGGUCCUCCGGUCAACCCCUCUCCUCCCCCAAAAUCUUCAUAACAACGACGUCGAAUACAUUGCUGCCCCAUCGGAGUCUGGAUUCUCUGGCGCCUCUUUUUCUGGGGCCGUCUUCAACCUGUCAACGACCAUUGCCGGUGCUGGAAUCAUGGCCCUCCCAGCCACUCUGAAGCAGUUAGGAAUGAUUCCUGGUCUUAUUGUCAUAAUUUUGGUCGGCAUCUUGACGGAAUCUUCGGUGGAUAUGAUACUUAGGUUCAGUAGAGCUUCCAAUUCCAAAUCAUACGCCGCCCUAGUUGGAGAUGCCUUUGGUGGUGCCGGAAGAACUUUGUUACAGCUCGGCAUUGUCGUUAAUAAUGCCGAAUUGCUCGUCGUCUACAUGAUCAUCAUUGGUGAUGUACUAUCUGGAACAUGGUCCGAAGGGGAACACCAUUUAGGAGUGAUGCAAGAAUGGUUUGGUCAACAAUGGUGGACUACACGUUCUGUCUUGCUGCUUCUAACAACCCUCCUUGUUUUCUCUCCUCUGAUAUCCUUUAAACUCCUCUGA